GGGGCGGCGGCGCGGGGGCGGGGCCGCGGGGGGCUGUAGGCGGCGCCAUGGAGCGGCCCGGGGGCUCCGAGGGGGCCUGGGCCGCGCUGCUGGGCCGGCAGCAGCAGCAGGCUCGGGAAUACUGCCCAGGGGUGAAGAACCAGCCCUAUGUGUGUGAGACGGGCCACUGCUGCGGAGAGACUGGAUGCUGCACCUACUACUACGAGCUCUGGUGGUUCUGGCUCCUUUGGACCAUCCUCAUCCUCUUCAGCUGCUGCUGCGCCUACCGGCACCGCCGCGCCAAACUGCGUCUGCAGCAGCAACAGCGGCAGCGUGAGAUAAAUCUCAUCGCCUACCACGGUGCCUGCAACUACCCCACCUCCAUGAUGGAUCUCAGGAUGCUGGCUUCCUUUAAGCUGCCCGCCUAUGAGGAAGUGGCUCAUCAUCCCAGUACCCCUCCUCCCCCCUACAGCACCAUCCUGGCCCAGCUGGGUGGGCCGCAUAGCCGCCUGGGCUCCAGUCCCCUGACCCUGUCUCCCAGCUCAGAGAAUUUCACCAGCUGCUCUUGCGAGUCGAGCUGCCUCACCUCCCCCAGCAGCACGUCACUGUCGGUGCAGAUCACAGAUGAGACGGAGCGCAGCCAGGCCAGCACGCCCAGCGAGGAAGGCGGCAGCAGCAGCACGGGCACUGGCACCAGCUGGGAGCUGCCCGAGGAGCCAGCCCCCUGCGAGGCCCCACCCAAGCAGACCCUCUUCUCCUCCAACGUGGAUUUCUUCGAGGCCGACUACCACCGCUGCUCAGACAUCGAGGAGGAAGAGGAGGAGGGCGUGGGGGAGGAGGAGUGCGCGGCCCAGGGGGACAGCAGUGAGCACUUCCGGCACCGGCGCCUGACGGGCGAUUCAGGCAUUGAGGUGGGGCGCUGCCAGGAGGAGGAGGGUGGGGAGGACAGCGAGGAGGAGACGCACCUGCUCAGCAAGGUGGGGCCUGAGUCCCCCCAGCUAUCGGAGCGCAAGAGCCUCUGUGGGCCCCAGAGCGACGGGGGCAGUGAGGAGCCCGGCUCGCCUGUCCUGCCUGUCUGAGCCAAGCUGGGUGCUGCCCCAGACAGCAGCUCCCCGCGUCCUGCCCUGUGACCCCAGCUCCCUUCCCCUGCCCGGCACCUCCAGGGCUCUGGAGCGGCCCUUCCCAUCAGCCCCCACCUCUGUGCUGCUGGCCGAGGGGCAGAGGUCCCUGUCCUAUGCCUUACCCUGGCAGGCUGCCUGGGAAUCCUGCCCGGUGGGGUGGGGUGUG